UCUGUCAGUCAGAGCUGUGGAACCGAGCAGAGCUGAAAAACACCCCCACACCAGGACCAGAAAGCAGCACCCUGCUGUGUGGGAGCCAAUCCUGCAUCUCACAGCGGCGGAGAACACAGUAUGAGCAACUCUGCUGAGAAGCAGAAAAGUUACUUCUGGAGUUUGGAGUCGUUUUAUUUGUUAACGCGCAGAUUUGGUGAUUGCGUUUGUGCGUAAGGCGCGCGCGUUAAUGCGCUUAAAGGAACGUGACGCGCGCCUAGGCUCGAGCGCAGGAGACAGCUCGAAGGGGAAAUCGGUGUGUGUGUGUGCGGGCGUGUGUGAGAAAGGCAGAGAUGGUCACAGUGGUUCGGAUAAUGGCAAAGAGGAGAGUGUUUUUGGACGGAAACUGGUGCAGACGCCUGGCAGAUGAGAGGACAGCCUUCAGGCGCAGCUGCCCGCGGUGUGGGGGCUCGUGCUGAAGCGGAGACGCGCGUGGCGCUGAGGAGGAGAGGCACCGGAUUUCUACAGAAAUGCACACCAACCUCACUGCUUCUGCCAACCACACCGCACAGCUCUCGGCCACGACCCACAACUUUCCCGCACUCAUAUUUGGGAUAUUGCUCAUCGUCGUGAUUAUCUGCGGGAACCUGCUCGUGUGCCUCAGCGUGUACAGAGAAAAGGCUUUAAAAACUACAACCAAUUACUUUAUAGUAAGUUUAGCCGUCGCGGACCUGCUCCUCGCAGUGCUGGUUCUACCCCUGUUUGUGUACGCAGAGUUCCAGGAUGGAGUCUGGUCCCUGAACAUGACCGUGUGUGAUGGCCUGAUGACCAUGGACGUGAUGCUGUGUACUGCCUCCAUAUUCAACCUUUGCGCAAUUAGCAUUGACAGGUUUAUUGCUGUGUCCAUCCCACUGAAUUACAACCGCAAACAUGUGGACCAGCGGCAGAUUGUCCUGCUGUCUGCCACGUGGAUCCUGGCACUAGCCGUGGCCUCACCUGUGCUGUUCGGCAUCAACGAUGUGCCAAAUCGGGACCACAGCGAGUGCAAGCUGGAGAACAACAACUACGUGGUCUACUCCUCUGUCUGCUCAUUCUUUGUGCCCUGCCCCAUCAUGCUGCUGCUCUAUUGUGGAAUAUUUCAGGGCCUCAGGAGGUGGGAGGAGGCGAGGAAAGCCAAGCUGAAGAGCAGCACGCAGGCCUGUCAGAAACUUGAGGAGCCACCAGCAUCUCUACUGCCACUGGUUUCUCUACCACCACCUCUUCCCCCAGUCAUAGAGAAUGACUUUACAGACCUUAAUCUGAAAGAGACAGACCAGGAUCCUGUCCCAGACAGUCCUUAUACAUUAGACUGUAAGAAUGGGCCUGAAGCUUCGCUGACCUUCUCUGAUAGUGGUUACAACCAAUAUCAGAACCAGGAGAAGAAGAGGGCGAAGAUUAAUGGGAGGGAGAGGAAGGCCAUGAGGGUGCUUCCUGUCGUGGUCGGUGCCUUCCUGUUCUGCUGGACUCCGUUCUUCGUGGUGCACACGAUGCGCGCUCUGUGUGAGGACUGCGACAUUCCCAGCAGUCUCAUUAGCAUCGUCACAUGGUUGGGUUACGUUAACAGUGCCCUCAACCCCAUCAUCUAUACUGUCUUCAACACAGAGUUCAGAAGGUUCUUCAGGAAUUUUUUACCUAAAUGCUGCUAGACACACUGCAUGCCUAAUGUUCAUUUGGCCAAUAAGCUCUGAGCUUGACCAUGAUUGUAAAAUACGGCAAUGCUUACAUCUCGUCUUUAGUAGAAUGUGUAUUUUGCGAUCACAUUGCUGUUACAUUGUUUUGCAUUUACACUUGAAUUGAAUUGCUAUAACAGCAGAAUUUCAGUGGGACAGUUGGUUAAUUUUAAUGGCCUCACUCAUAGGUUCUUAUUGCAUGUUGAACAUGACUGACUUUGUUCUUCAGCCUACAUCUAUUUCCCAAAAUGUAGUAAUUUAAAUCACAGUGACCCUGACCAGGAUAAAGCAUUUACUUAAGAUGAAUGAAUGAACACAGUAAAUGCAACAUGACGUGAGCACUUUGCUUUGUUCAAUAUGCUCAAACGUUAUAAGCCCGUGGCCUUUCAUUGUCCCCUGAGCUUCACACAUGUCCACUAGCUCCCACAUGCAUGAGAGUAAAAACAACCUGCUCUCAUUUUUUUGUUGGUUCCUGUGAGAUCUUCUCCUGCCAAAUGACUACAGAUUUUAGUUUUUACACCACACUGAAAUGAAUCUGCACUGAAAGAAACAUCAGGUUUUUCCACACACACUCUCAAAAUGUAUUUACUUGAUGAUUAUGUAUAAGUAAACUUCAUCCACCAUAGGCCUGUGUGGCUGCAGAUUUUCGUUUGAACCAAGUGAUUCCUGAUUCUCGCAUUAAGGAACAGCUACUUUUUAUUCUUUACAAUAAACACUACAUACACUUGCAAAGGUUAAAAAAAAUUGCCUCAAUGUUAUUAUUCUCUCUGUAAUUUUCUUAUUAUCCGUCUUCCAUUGUCAAACUUCUUAUUCUAAAAAACUCUAAAGUGUCUGCAGUGAUAUGAAAAUCAAAAUAAAAAAAGGUGGAAGAUGUUUUGUGGUAGGAAGGUCAGUGCUGCGUUUAGAUUUUCAAUACUUUUAAUAUGUGCAGGACACGAGUUCUUAUUAUAUUCAAGCUAAGACACAGCCAAGUAAACCCUUCUCUUAUAACCUUGAUGAAAGAGGCACUGGCAAACGAUUGCUCGGUUGAUAUGUGAGUGGUACUUAAAGUGACCAGUCAUAUUCUGUCACUGUUCUAUUAAACCAAAUCAAACAUCUGGCUCUGUGUAAACUUGCAUACACGAGGGAACAGGAUAUUGUUGAUUUUCACUGGUGCAUUUUACGAACUGAGGUGCAGGAAAUCUCUUCUGUGAUCACUGUAGAAAACAGUCAAUGGGGCUCAGAUCAGCCCUCCACAGCUGUUCUGUGAUUUUUAAAAAAAAAAGUCUAAGUCUGUCCAAGAAAAAUUGAUUUCACUGACCUCUGUCAAAGAAACCAUUCAGUUUGCUUAUUUGGAGGCACCACUACUUUCACUUCAAAAGAAAAGACCAUGUUUCAGUAGUGUCCAAAAGUAAACCCUCUGCACAAAGCCACUGAAAAAAAAAAAACACAGAGGCAGCUUUCUCACAAUUUGAUGCUCGAGAAGUCUGAUAUUAUAAAAGCACUAAACCACACAACUGUAAUAGCAGAAGAUCGAAAAGAAUACAAGGCAGCAGGAAAUAACACUGCAGUUUAGCAUGAAAUGAUGCGUCACAACCAGAGCCACAGAGUCUCAGUGGCACUGGAUGAAUGAGCUGCCACUUUCUGUGCCUCCUGCUGGGCUGAUGCAAGUGCAGACAGGAAAAACCAAGGGACAUUAUGCAUGUUUGUGUAUUGUGUAACCACAGUUGAAGUCCAAGAUUGUGUUGGAAUCUCUCCUCGACUGAUUAAACAAGUGAAACACCACUUCUGAAAUGUCUUUAUAACACU